UAACCACUCCGGAAGGAAACUACUGACGCGGCGCCGUGUGGCUGUUUGCUGUCAUUCGUCGGUUGGGAAAGCUGGCCGGUGCGAUCGUGGCACCCGCGGAGUGGAGCAGCAGCGAGUGCGGUCUGUACGUAAAUGACCCACGGCAACCCGCGCGUGGGGGAAUGUUCGUCACCUGAGGAUCUUCUGUCCUGUCGUGCACUUCGGCGUGUUUGAAUUCGAAAAUUAAAAAAAAAAAAAAAAAAAAAAGAUCUGGCAGAGUCCAGCGACAACGCGACAUUAAACCUAAGCUUCUGCACCACCGGAGCUUGUCGACGCCUCGCAAGACUUGAGCACACUCCACUGGCCUCUGAGCAAAUCACAUUGGGCUGGAGCAGCAACAACUAAAAGCAAGAUCUUCCCAGGUGAUUGGCACCCCGUCGCCUCGCUGCUGACCAUGUGGCGUGUAUGUGUGACGGUCCUGGCGCUCGCCUCCACGGCUUCCCUCAGCUCCGGAGACGCUGACACACACCGGCCGAGGCGCGACUCGAACCUGGAAAUCUAUAGGCGUUUGUUUGAGACGAAGAGGAAAGAUCAACUCAAUGCACUCAAGAAUCUGGUUGAAUUAAAUGACAUUAACCAACAAUAUAAGAUAAUCGACAUCAUGCUCAAAGGACUCUUCAAGGUCUUAGAGGACUCCAGACAAAUCCUGGUCUCAGCCAAAAUGCAGCCCGACGACCCAUUCCCUCUGGACGAUAAAAUCAAAGAAGCUUAUUCCCACAUCGUGGAGAACACCGCAUUUUUUGGCGACGUGGCCUUGCGCUUUCCGCGCAUUGUCCACCACUACUUUGACCGCAACGCUGACUGGGGAGCUCUGCUGCGAUGGGGCUUGAAUUUUUGCAACCAGACCGGGGUUUUCACAGGAGGAGCCCACCAGCAUGUCCUCACGCUGAUGUCACAGGAACUUGGAAUAACAGAGAAAUCCCCAGAUUUCAUCAACCCCUACCGGACCGAAAGAGACGACGUUCUUCACACUGCUGAAGCCUUCCAGAAAAUCCUGAGGGAGGAAGAGAAGAGGCGGAGGAAGGAGGAGAAAAGGAAAGAAAUCCGAAAAGGCCCUCGCAUAUCUCGCUCCCGCAGCGAGCUAUAGCAGCACACCU